AUGACCCAAGCCGACAAGCCCACCGCGGGCUUGCUUCAGAUUCCUGCCGCGGCCACACAGAAGUCCUCUGGACCAGCAAAGAAGGCUCACAAGCCCCCAGCUCCUCGACUCAAGCUGCUGAUCCGUCGCCUGCCUCCAGGACUCACCCAACUGGAACUCGAGGGGAUUUUGGGUGCAGAAUGGAAAGUCGGGGCCGGAAAGGUAGAUUGGCUUCAGUACAAGGCUGGCAAGGUGUCGAAGGACCCCGCCAAACCCUCUCGUCCCUCCAGAGCUUAUAUUCACGUUGUUUCGAGCGAACAUGUCACUCCGCUAUCAGAUCUAGUGCGACAAGCCUCGUUCCAAGAUGCUCGCGCCACUUCCCAUGAUCCAAUUCUCUUGGGUCCUCCAACCCUAGAGUUCGCCCCUUACGCUAAAAUCCCCGGCAGUCGUGUGCGGAAAGAUGCUCGCCAGGGUACAAUUGAUCAGGACCCGGACUUUAUCACUUUCCUUGAGAGUUUGACACAGCCUAUUACGAAGUCAGGACCCCCCGACACCUUCGAGAACGAGGAGAAGAAAACGGCGGUGCUCACUACACCGCUGGUGCAGUUCAUCAAGGACAAGAAAGCAAGCAAGGCCAAAGAAGCCGCGGCAUCCAAAUCCUCUAAGCACAGCCGGUCGGAGAAAGAACCCAAGGAAAAGGUGCAGGCAAAGAAACUGCUACAACGGGCUGAUAAGGAGUCCAGUGCGGCGCCGGCGGAGAAGAAGAGCAGGGGCGAUAAAGCUACUAAGGAGUCUACGAAGGCGGCUAAGCAAGCUGCCUCAGCCAACAAGUCUGGCAAGGGCAACACAACGAACACACCAAAAGAGGCCACUGCAGCUCCGGAGAGGAAGCGAGAACGAGGAAAUGUCACUGCGGCGACCAAAAUCCUUCAGCGCGACCUUGGUAUCUCGCCAGCUGGGGGUCGGCGCCGAGGCAAGGGAGCCAAUGACACCGGGUCAUCAAAGAACGAGGGUUCCCGAGACUCCUCUGCCCCGGCACCAGAGGGCUCCAAGAAGGAACCUGCAGUCAAAGCAGGUAAGAAUGGCCCAUCGGGAGGCUCCAGUAAAGCGAAGAAGGAUACCGACUCUGCGACGAAAGCAACCGAUGGCGCUUCACCAACUACUUCUACCGCACCUGCGAAAGCGAACAAGGGCUCGAAACCCAAACCAUUUGCUCCUCCCACCUCCACUGCCACUCAGGCAUUCCUCAAACACGCGAACCCCUCCCAAGGUGUGACCGAAGCAUUGCUAGAAACAGCGUUCGGGGCAUUCGGCGCGGUGACGAAGGUGGAGAUCGAUAAGAAGAAAGGAUUCGGAUAUGUUGACUUUGCGGAUCCCGAGAGCUUGCAAAAGGCAAUGGCCGCUAGCCCUGUGACGGUCGCUCAGAGCCAGGUGGUUGUGCUUGAACGCAAGGCGAACCCUGGUGGUGAGAAAUCGCGGAAGGGUCGAGGCGAACCGCAGCAACAACAAUCGCCAGCACCACCACCGUCCAGUGGAAAUGCUGGAAACAUUGGGAAUGCGACCGCGUCGUCUGCACGGGGAUCGCGAGGUGGACGUGGAUCACGAAAUAAGGGAUCGAAGGGAGGAGCAGCUGGAGGGAAUGGGGAGAAGGAGAAAGAGAAGACGGAGAAGGGAAGCUCAGGAAAUUGA